CUCUUAUUUAUACUCAGCUCAAACAUCACGUUGAGCUACAUGCAUUGAGUGUGUGAUCAGUGAAGACCAACCCACAAUAGCACACUGUACUACUAAUUCAUUGGCUCAGCCCAACCUUUCUUCUUUUAUCGCCCGAGAGAUCUGAGCUUAGUGAUGGAGGGUGAGAUGAGCAGCAGAGGGUGGGCUUUGGGCUUGAUGAGUGUGCUGCUGCUGGCGAUGUUGAACAGUGAUGGAUUGAGUGCAGACCCGCAAGUGCCGUGCUACUUCAUAUUUGGGGACUCGUUGGUGGACAACGGGAACAACAACCAGCUCAGUUCCUUGGCCAGAGCCAACUACUUGCCAUACGGCAUCGACUUCGCUGAUGGUCCGACCGGGAGGUUCUCUAAUGGCAAGACCACAGUCGAUGUAAUCGGUGAGCUUUUGGGAUUUGAUGAUUAUAUUCCUCCGUAUGUGACUGCGAGCGGUGAUGCGAUUCUUAGGGGAGUGAAUUAUGCAUCUGCUGCUGCUGGGAUCAGGCCAGAAACCGGGCAGCAACUGGGAGGAAGGAUAAGCUUCGGAGGGCAGUUGCAAAACUACCAGAACACGGUGUCGCAACUGGUGAACAUAUUGGGCGAUGAGGACACAGCGGCGAAUUACCUGAGCAAGUGCAUAUACUCGGUGGGCUUGGGAAGCAACGACUACCUCAACAAUUACUUCAUGCCUCAGUACUACUCCUCAAGCAGCCAGUUCACACCCGACCAGUACGCCGAUGAGCUCAUUCAGCAAUACUCUCAGCAACUAAGGACAUUGUACAACUAUGGAGCGAGGAAGGUGGUGCUGAUUGGGGUGGGUCAGAUAGGUUGUAGCCCUAACGAGUUGGCCCAGGGCAGUGCUGAUGGUACCACAUGCGUGGAGAAAAUCAACGUCGCAUGUCAAAUAUACAACAACAAGCUCAAGUCGCUCGUUGAUCAGUUUAACAACAAUUUCGCCGAUGCUAGAUUUAUUUAUGUCGACGCUUACGGAAUAUUCCAAGAUCUCAUCAGUAGACCCACAAGUUUCGGUUUUAGUGUCACGAAUGCCGGGUGUUGCGGUGUUGGUAGGAACAAUGGCCAAAUCACGUGCCUUCCCCUUCAGACCCCGUGCCAAAACCGAAACGAGUAUCUGUUCUGGGAUGCGUACCACCCGUCGGAGGCCGCCAACAUAGUUGUCGGAAGGAGAUCAUACAGCGCCGAGGCCCCGACCGACGCUUACCCCAUUGACAUUCGCCGCCUCGCCCAGAUCUGAAGAUAGAGAGGUGGUGGCGGAAGCAGCUUUGUGGGAGUCGCAGUGAUCCGAUAAGGAUUGCCCUGUUGUUUGUUCCCAAUUUUCACUGUUGUUUCCAUUGUUCCAUGUAAGGGACGUGGUGGGUUUUGUAAGCAUAAGUUUGAUUAUAAUUUGGUUUGCUUUGCUUGCUUGUGUUUGUGUCUAACUCAACUAGAGUGUACCCUUAGGAACAAGUCAUUGCACGUCCAUAUACAUUUAUAGUGCUCGGAAGAAUUUGCAUCUUGCAUGUGUUAUUUAUGAUGCAAUUUAGAAGACUAAGUAAUGGAUACCUAUGAAUAGAAAUGAGCCGAAGUGAAGCUAAGGUCUUUGACCCUA